UUUCAAGGGUAUUUUCGACUUUAGGAUUAAUUAGAUUCUUCAGUCGAAAACGCUGCGUAUUGCAACAAAACAGCGGAGAAUCUGUCUUUGCGCGUCUUCUGGGUUAUUCUAUUUUUUCUCACUCAGCGAAUCUUCUCGUCGUCUUCUUCGUUUCUCUCUACCUCACUCAUCGAAGUGUUAGGGUUUCUUCGAUUUGGCAGAAUAUUAUUUCAACUAUCUCUGCUGAACUCGCUUUCCUAACUUCUCUCUCUGUCACUCUAACUCUUUGUCGGUACCAAAUUCUUCUUCACUCGAAGAACUGUUUAGGUCAAGUAUGACUUAAUUCUGCCAAAUUUCUGGUGUUUAUUCAAAGUUCAAAGUCAAUUGAACAAAACUUUUUAUCAGAUAAACUGAAGCAAUGUAUACCGAGGGAGCCUCUGAUUUUGUCAUUGACCAGAGCAUGUAUUAUCCCGCUUAUUACUCUUCAGGUUAUGAUUCAUCUGUGGGUCUUCAGGGUGGGCAAAAUGAAAAUGCUCCCUAUAUCUGCUAUACACCAAGUUAUGGAUAUGCACAGUCUCCCUACAAUCCCUACAAUCCUUACAUACCAGGAGCUUCAAUAGGCGUUGAUUCUUCUUUUGUUGGAUUCCAACAAUAUUACUCAGACCCUCCGUAUGAAAGUGCUGCGUCUUCGCCUACUUAUGUUCCAUAUGUUAUUCAGCCUGAUAUGGUCUCGAAUAGUUCAACAGACUCUUUGGUAGCGAAUGGUGGUCAAUCUGAUGGAAGAGGAUCCAUGCAGAGAAAUGGUUCAGCAAUUGCCGGACUCCCAAAAGAUGCUCCAAAGUCUACCACUACUGGCCAGUAUAAACAGCCAGGAAUCCCCAAGAAUGUUUCCACAACAGCUUCUGCACAUUCUCUCCAGGGAAAAACUGCUUACGCGAACACACUCUUGCCUUAUGGGAAAUCAGACAUUGCUAAUGGGGUCUCAUCAAUUGCUUCAUAUAGUUAUAAACCUUGUUCCAAGAUUUAUGAUGCCAGAGGUGAUAACAACACAACUGGAAGUACAUAUACGAGUGAACAAAAUCGAGGAUCGAGAACGAGAAGAUCAAGAAAUCAACUAAUUGUCAAAGCAUAUACAACCAAAGCUGGAAAUGCUGAUGCGGAAGGAAAUAUUGUGAUAAAUCCUGAUCGAUAUAAUAAAGAAGAUUUCAGUAUUGAAUACAGCGAUGCCAGGUUUUUUGUGAUUAAGUCGUAUAGUGAAGAUGAUGUUCACAAGAGCAUCAAAUAUGGUGUCUGGUCAUCUACAUUGAAUGGGAACAAGAAAUUGCAGAGUGUAUAUGAAGAUGCUCAGAGAAUAGCCACUGAGAAGUCUCGUGAAUGUCCUAUUUUCUUAUUCUUUUCUGUCAAUUCCAGUGGUCUGUUCUGUGGCGUGGCUGAGAUGACCGGUCCAGUUUCCUUCGACCGAGACAUGGAUUUUUGGCAGCAAGACAAAUGGAGUGGAAGCUUUCCUGUCAAGUGGCACAUUAUUAAAGAUGUUCCUAAUAGCUAUUUCAGGCACAUUAUUUUACAUAAUAACGAGAAUAAGCCAGUGACCAACAGCCGAGACACACAAGAGAUAAUACUGAAACAAGGACUCGAGGUGCUAAAACUAUUCAAACAUCAUGCGGAAAAGACUUCACUAUUAGAUGAUUUUAUGUACUACGAAGACCGCCAGAGACUCAUGCAGGAAGAGAGAGCUAGACUUCCAUUUAGGACCUUUCGCAGGCCAUUUCCCGUGCUCAAUCUAGAUUUUUCUGACAGAAGCAAGAAAAGCUCCAAGGAUGUCGUUAAGAAGCCUUCAGUGACCUCUGCAGAAACAAAGGUUGUGCAGUUAAAAAACUCAGAUGGGGAUGAAAAGAGCAAUACACAGGAAGCAACAGACGAUUCUACUCCUUCCACUCUGAAGUUUGGCUCUCUCGCCAUUAAACCAACUGCUGGUACCACCUUUAACCCAACCCAACCCAAGCCUAAACCGACCCCAUCUCUCGGCUCUGACCACAAGUCAGACUCUUCUGAAGAGGUUACUGGGUCUCUGGCUGAUGACAUUGUCAGUGUAGGAUCGUUGCCCAUAAAAGUAAAGGGAUCUAAAGAAUUAUCCUCGAAGAUCGCAGCGGUGGGUACAAGUCCUCUCUCAACUCAAGAUCAGUUCAGAAGUAAACCAGGGUUUUGACAUUGUCUUUGUCUAACUUGUUUAUGCAUAAUAGAAAGCAUGGUCGAUAUGGUUCGAGAAAGAGAAAGAGAUUGAGUAUGUAUAGAUUGGGUGGUUUUACCUUUUAAAUGGUCUGAUUGGUCGUUUGAGAAUCCUUGUUUAUCGUCUCAGUUUGGACAAAUGAUUGUUGCCAGUGGUUGCGUUUUGGUUUGUUGGGUUUGAUUAAACAGUUGGUUCCGUCUUUUGAUCGAAAUUUAUGUGUUUGUCAUGCUAUAUUAAUGUAUGUGACUGGUGUUUCCUCUUUCAGCAUCAAAUACAACAAGGCUUUCGUAAA